UGCCCUACAGACUUCAAAUUCAGCAGCCUACUGUAAAGUCCUCACAUGGAAAGUCUGUCUAACUGUGUGUAUGCUAAAUCACUUGUUAUUGCUGUGUAUGCUUGUGUAGUUCAAAUCAGUCUGGUGCAUCUGCUCACUUCUCCUUACAUGAUGCCAGAUUUUUGUUUGUUUCUCUUUUUUGUUACAAUGAUUGUACAUGAGACGGACAAAAAAUGUAAAUACCUCCCGGUAUACAACACAUAUAACACACAUAUCGAGAACAAAUACUGCAAGUCCAAUUCCGUAUUGACACACGCAUCACUCAAAACGCACCUUUGUAUACAUGACUACUAUAACAGGGUUAUUGCAUUGCACAGCAUUAUACUUUGCAGGUGUACCUAACAAAUGGGCCAGUGAGUGCACAUAAAUAAAUAAUGACCUAUACAGCUCAACAGCAGCACAAAAGGCAGCCGCCAUGAAACAGAAUCAACACCUGUCAAAGAGAAAAGAAAAGAAAAAAUUUGAGGAAUGAUGAGCGUCACAUAUUCUGGGUUCCGCUGCAGAGCGGUUGUAUCUCACUGCACUGGGUCUGCCGGAUAAACUGGGUCAUCACUGUUUGACCAGCUGUCAAAGGUUCUUGCUGUUUGUCUUGACACAGAACUCCAGGCAUGAUUAAUUAGCAAUCCGGUCACAGCAGUGAUUUGGAACUUUGUCCUCAUGUGUCAGCGCUACGAUGCUUAAACAGUUCUCUUAGACUGUAGAAUACCUUUCAGACAACUUACACUAAUGUCACUGCAGACAGAGCUGGAGCAUAUCCAGAUUAUCUGACGAGCUGCUGCUGCUAUUGGAGAUAUUUUAAAGUGAGGGACCAAGAGUGAUAUAUGAUUAGCAUGCAGUAGUGUAACCCUACAGGAAGACCACCCUGCUUUCUUAUUUGGAAUUUUAGAGGUCUCUCUUCCCUAAUGUCAAGAGUUGUAAUGUGCUUGCCUCUGCUUAAUUGCUAUUCUGCACAUGAAGCGGUGUGGAGCCAAAUAGCAACCCCCCCCCCCCCCCUAGAUAGGACCUCGUUUGUUUAACUCUGAGGGUGGGGAAUCUGUCUUCCGUGGACAUAUCCGUACGGACAAGUUGACUUCUUACGGCUGCAGAGAUGUUUAAUUUUUCAUUGGCUACUGUCUGCCAGACAAUGAUGACUGAAAUGUCUCAUGGCUGUAAUUGUAUAGUACCCUCAAUUCUGGCCUGACUUGAUACGGGCAGAUGGCAAAGAUCAGCUGAAAUAAGAAAUUCAUGAGAAAAAAAAAGAAGCAGAUUCUGUUAAAGUUUCAUUAAUUCCUGCCUGUAUGCCAGACUGUACAGAUAACCACAGUAUAGGCUAGGUGUCAGAGUGCAAUUUGACACACACCUGACAUCCAUUACUUGGAGUCAGCAGAUGCUGUCACUUCCAUGGCAACAAAGAAACAUAAUUUAUGAGGAUUCAGUGGCUCCUACCGCAGACAACCACUGCACACCCAAGUAUUACAGAAGUGCAAUAUAGAUGGAUGAUAAGCAAUCAUUAUCGGAGCAUUUCAUUUCAUUUCAUUUCUGGACACAUACGCUUUCACACACAGUUUCACUGCUGCUUGAGUAAUACCUGCACUUUCAACUCGACUGCUAUAAACAAUAUUUACAAUUCAGAUUCGUCCAUCCAGAACAACGGGGGAGGGGGUGGGGGGGGCAGCCGCUUAAAAGAAAACAGUCGCAUAGGAAAAGAAAAUCCAUUCAAGUUAAUGCUUCUGUCAAAUCCAGGGAAAUAUAAAAAUGGAAGGGAUUGUUCUGCUUUGCCAUACAGGAUGAUCUGUCUUCCCAGCAUUUGCCUUCAAACUUGUCUGAUCUCAUCCAUCCUUAAACCUUCAAACGUGAGUGGUGUUUGUCAGUGUCGUACUGGGCACAGCAGAAAAACAAGAGGUUUGAAGCCCGACUGAUGAAAACGGACCAAAAUGUAUAUAAAUAUUAAAAUAAAUCAAUCAGUCAAACUGCUUAUUUUAAUCUGGGGCAAAUUAGGCAGCCUGUCAGAUGUGGCUACUGUGAGAAAAACGGCUAGGACUGAUCGCAUCCACCAAGCUUGACAAUUAGAAUGGACAGUGUGCGACAGAGAGAGGCUGAAGGAAAAUGUCUGUGAAAAUGGAAAAAAGUUGUGAGAGAGCACAUGCGUAUGUGUGACGUUGUGUUCGAAAAGGUGACACAGCCUGCUGCCAGCAGUGUUUACUAAGUGAGUAAUUGAGGCACGCAUACACAAACACACAAUUGGCUCAUUUAUGUUUAUUGUUCUCUCAAAAUUUGCACUUAACUAUCAUUUCUUCAGGCAGGAAGAUUGACACCAUGCUCGCAGCUGUAAAGAUGAAGUUAGAGCCAAAGUUAGUUUGGCUUAUCAUAAGGACUGGAUACAAGAAACAGCUUGCUCUAAGUACCCACUCAGUUUUGGCCGCUCAGCACAUUUAGGCAUGCAGAUAUGAUCAAGACGAUCUGCUGAAGUUCAAGCCGAGCAUUAGAGUGGGGAAGAGGGGUGAUUUAAGUGACCAUUAUAGUGGUGUUGUGAAAGCCACGGGGGCUGGUCUGAGUACUUUAGAAACUGCUGAGAUUUUCCUGCACAACCAUCUCUAGGGUUUACACAGAACGGUCGAACAAAGAGAAAAUAUCCAGCGAGUGGCAAUUCGCUGAACCAAAAUGUCUUGUUGAAACCGGAGGUCAGAGGAGAAUGGCCAGACUGCUUGGAGCAGACAGGAAGGCAACAGCAACUCAAAUAACCACCUGUAACAACUAAGGUGGCAGAAGAGCAUCUCUGAAGCCACAACUUGAAGCAGAUGGGCUAGAGCAGUAGAGGAUCACUCCAGGUGCCACUCCUGUGAGCUGACAACAGGAAACUGAGGCUACUAUUCGCAUGGGACCACUGAAAGUAAACAACAGAAGAUUGGAAAAAUGUUGCUAGAUCUGAUGAGUCUGUUUCUCAUCCAGAUGGUAGGGUCAGAACUGGGCAUAAACAAAGUGAAAGCAUGGAUCGAUCCUCCCUUAUGUUAAUGAUUCAGGCUGCUGCUGCUGCUGUAAUACUGUUGAGCAUAUUUUCUUGGCACACUUUGAACAUUAUUUAAACACCGUAACCUACCCGAGUAUUGACCACAGUGUACCCAUCUCAUGAUGGCUGCUUCCAGCAGGAUAACACAUCGUGUCAUAAAGCUCAGAUCAACUUAUAUCGAAUGGUUUCUUGAACAUGACAAUGAGGUCAGAUGGUCUCUACAAUCCCCAGAUGUGGUGGAAGAGGGGAUUUGCAUAAUGGAUAUGCAGCUGACAAAUCUGCAGCAACUGUGUGAUGCUAUUACAUCAAUGUGGACCAAAAUCUCUGGGGAAUGUUGAAUCUGUGCCAUAAAUGAUAAAGGCGGCUGUGAUACAGUUGCUGCACUUGUCUAAUCAUUGUAGCUUAAACCAAAGCAGGUGCCGACUCCUAACCUAAAAGCUAGUCAACUCAAAGUGAAAACAAAGCUCAGCUGUUAGUGAAAAAAGAACACGAAACAUGGCAUUCAGGUUAACAGUGUGGUGAUUUAUGUCACUGACAGCCCACCUGUUUUUUUAAAAACAAGUAUUAAGGCCGUCCAGACAACGUCCAUCUGCUUACACACACAUAUACUCAUGUUGGUUAUUACAAAGUGCUGUAACUUUGGAGCUUGUUAGAAAAUUUGUAAGAGAUUUAAACAUGGUGUUUACUGUUUGUGCAGCGUCUACAAGCAAGUGUCUCCACAUGAAUCGGAAGAAACUGAAGACAAUGGGCCAAAGUUUCGCUAACUGAAACUGUCUGCAUUGUAUUUGUGGUCUGAGUCUGACUUAACCAAUCAUGUUUGAGCAGGUAAUCCAUCACCAAUCCAUCAAAUAGCAAGCAUAGACCUGGAUAUACUGAUAUCGUGGCUAAAGCAGAAGACCUGGAAAUUUGGCUCCUCCUCCCAGAGGCUAGUUAGUGAGGUUCCCAGACUGAUGUAUGUGUGUUUGCCUCUUAUUAUAAUCAUGUAGUCUGUUAGUAAGUGGGCAGCAGUUUCAUGCUCUGUAUUCUUUUAUAAAAGGUUCUUGGUUAGUGGAAAUGAAAUGCUUUUGCUUUGCAUUAAAUCCAUCUGGAUAUCCAUCCAUGGUCAGUAUACAGUAUAUAGUGGACUGUGUACGGCACCUUCAUGGUGGUGCAAAUACAAUGGCUGAUUUAUUACUUUAUCUGGUUUCCUUUGAAUUGUUAGCCGUGUGUACUUUGUCAGUUAGGGUCGCACUCUACACCUGUUGUCUGAGUACAAUUUAAUUGUCAAAAAUAGCAAAACAGAAGCAAAAGCACAUCCUAGAAAAAAGGUUUAAAAUGCAUUUUAAAAAACUAUGAAUUUAAACUUGUUACAUUUUUGGCCACAUUAGUUUGUUCUAUUCAUUUAAAAUAAGAUAUACAUGUGAUAUAGCAGCAGCCUUAUUUUUAUGUCAGACAUUUUCUAACACACUGCUUUUGCAGUGUUGCUUGUAUUUCAUCAUACUAACCAGAUUUGGGGGAGAAAAAAACGAAAAAGAAGGCAUGGAGCAACAGAAAACAAGUCGCAAGGCUAAAACGGGUCGAAAACCUUCUCCUGAGCUGUGAGCAAUUAUGACGUGAUGUUUCAGCCACCCUUCCCGGACCAUGAAGGCAUAAAAAUAAAUCUUAUGUGGAAAAUGGAAUAUUGAUUAUGCAGCGCUGCAGUCGCCGCUGUGCUUUUAGUUCUCAAUUAUCAGUCGCAAAUCAAACUGACUUGCAAGGAUUCCAGCACACAGACUUGUUGAGCCUGCGAGAGACACCGUAAGCUGAUAUUUCUAAAUUGCUCCGCUCGUGGUUGCAGUUUCAGCCAGAGCAGCAGCCUGUAUAAAGCGUCGCAUGAACCUCAAAACAAAAUCAGAGUUUGUGGGUUUAUUCGAGGCUCCGUGCAGAAUAUGUCAAUACCUUCAGAGUCUAUCUGCUUGCCAGCUUACAUUAGCAACAACAGCCUCCACGUCACAGACAGACGUGUCACAGCAGUUUAUCAUGUGAACUCUUAAAUAGCAAAGAUUUAUCGAGUUUGUCUUAGUACGCGGAGAGGGAGUGAAGGUUUUAGAGUAAAUGCUCCUCUGGGAGCGGUGGCGGAGUGCUGCUGCUGCUCAGAGGGUGAUUUGGCUCGAGGCAACCUGACAGUGAGCUAGACACACACAGACAGGCACACACACACACAAGUAACCCAGCAAUAAGCAACAUGCAGUCAUUUACUCUGUUUCUCCUCAACACAGACAUUCACAAAUGCCAGCUCCCCUCCCCACUGCUUUCACGGUGAAAAUCAAUGGUUGCAGAGCCCAACUGGACGGAGUAAUAGUGGAAAAAUAAAGAAAUCAAUGCAGACUUAUUAACUGAGCAGAGCUUCCUUUACCGCUGACACAAAAAUAUGUGAGUGUUUGACUUGUCUGUGUCUGUGAAUGAUGAUAGCUGCUGCUGGUUGUAGACAAGAUGUGCGAGCGCAUAAGCAUAUGAGCGUCUUCCUCUAUGUGUGUGUGCGUCUGCCAGUCAAGAGUGUGUGUCCCUGAACGUUGGUGGCUGGUGCUUGUAUAUGAGUGUUGUAUUGUAGGCGUGCUUUGCAUGUUCAUGAGCGCUCCUGUGUGUGUUUGUGCAUUUUGGUGCGCACCAACAAGACUAUCUCUCAAAGUCAGUGUGUUACUCUUGGGUUAGUGCCACAGUGCACUGCCGGAGCCUUGGCCCUCGGUUUAUUUGUGGACAAAAGGAUGCUCGGAGACAAAUGAUUUAGCACCUGUCAGUCAGAGCUGAAGGACGGGCGAUGAGAAAAGAGAGAGGUCAGAGACUAUGGAAAGGGAAAAUGAUGGCGGCUUUUCAAGGAAACUGUGAAGGGAACAAGGAGAGAAAGAGGGAGGGAAAAGUUGAAGCUGGAAAAAGAGAAAGAGAUUCAGAACCAAAAAAAGAGAGCGAGAGAGAGAAUUUACAAUUUAGCUCUGGGUCAUCACAUAGCUCAAGUGCCUGUGAGCAAUUUUCCCCUGGAAAUGACAGCUUCUAUUUCUGCAGAGUUGUUUGCCUAACAGCAGCUCACAGGAACUGUGGCUGGCCUUCAGGCCCUGCAAGCAGAAACUUCCCUGAUUGCGAGAGUUACCAUAACAACGGAUGAGGCCGACCUGCACCGAUGGCAACGCGGGAAUGUGAACUUUGAUUCCCGCCUCCAGCACUCUGGCUAGUCUGCUGCACCUCUGACAUAUCAACACCUACCCUUCUUGGCAAAAACAAGAGCGAGCUGUCGGCGCUGUGAGUGUUUGGUCAGCCAGAAUGUAACUGUUCACCAGUGGGUGAUGAUUUUUUUUGCAGAAACAGAUCACUGUGUCAAGAGCAAAAGAGACAUUUGUAAUUCAGAAAUGCCCAAAUAAACAAGUCCAGUGCAAAAUAAUGUUUGCAGAGAUGUGCGUGGGCGGACGUUAGGAGCUGCUGGUGAAUGCUGAGCAGGGCUUUGUGUGAUGCCAGGUUUAUUAGAUUUCCUUUGGCAUUUGUUGACUGACAUCUGCCCUGGCAGGUCUCUGCGGCCGCUCUCUCCCUGACUCUUGGCUCGCUCUACAAACCAACAAGCCUUAAUCAUCUUAUGUACACUUUCCCACGUGGUCAAUAAAGAUAUAUUGCUGACCUCGUUUUUUUUUAAUGCCGAACAAAGCGCCUCCCUCCACAAAAACGUGGACAGCACAGACAGAGGCUUAGCUAACAAGCAUCUGAUUGUGCAGAUUACCGCGUGUUCCGCGAGGGAUUACCGAGACAGAAAUGAACAAAUUGACCUCUUACCACCAAAAUCCCACAUCAGCAAAACAAAAGAUAAGAGUCAAGUCUCUGCUGAAUCUAGAAAAAGUGGAGUAUACAUUGUACUGCAAAACAAGUGUCAGCAGCAUUAUUUAAAGAAGCCUGCCCCCGCCCGUUGUGUUAUUUUUGUCACUGAGUCCUUUCAGUUUGCAGAACCUGAUGACUCCAUGGGUACCCUUUGUGUGUGGGCCAUCCAGACUCUGUAUGCGUGCGGUUUUUAAAAAACUGAGCAGCCCUGGAAGCAAGGAGAGAAAUGCACGAGCUGUAUUCUGGCAGUGCGUCGUUUGCAUUGAUGUUGGGCUCAUGUUCUAACAACAAAUAUCUGACUGUGCACCCUGUUCUGAGUGUAUUCUUAGCCGAGGGCAGGCGUCUUCCUCUCCGGUUCCCCUUCUGACACUUUUCAAGUUAAGUCAAAGCUAUUUAGAAGUCAUCUCACUGUGAGAAGUAACAAAGGCUCAAUGACAGACCAAGGCCUAAUUCAGAAUUCAAUUUUUGUGCUUUCUCUUCCCAACAAUAGAAAUACCUAAUUUCUCUGCAUGCUUGUUUGGCGAGCUCCAGAGAGGAAAUGGCACGCUUUUGUUAAUAAGUGUUUUUUUGGUGAGAGGAGACGAUUGAAAAGCUUAUGUAGGUCACAUUGUAUUAAUCAAGCUGGCUACCCUUGCAAAUGCGCUCUAAAUGAAACACACAAUGUUAAAAAAAAAAAAAAAAAUCCAGUUUUAUUUCGUAUUUGCUUAAUACUGCAGCGUGACCGCACUGAGAAUUACUUCUCAGCCACUGAAACAGCAAUCCCAGUACUUUUACGCUUAGGCAUUUCGUCUGGAUUAUAACGCUGCCUAUGGCGUGGACAGGCUUGAUAUCGGUCCGACAGAAGAGUUCAAACACCCGGCAAAUGAAAUAUUUAUCAGUCACAGUUUAUUUCAGGCACAGGACCCUUUCAUCAUUUAGCUUUAAUGAGAGCUGUGUGCAUUCUGAUGAUUAAUAGACUAAACGAUCUUCAGAUCGUUCCAAGCAAGAUGCAAAUACUAUCAGUUAUCUGUCCGGGAGACUCUUUAAGUAAACUAGGAUUUUUCACAAGUUAGACAAGCUUAACGGGGGAAUGUUACGAGCGAAUGUUUUCUAACAAUGUGAGAUUUUAGAUUGGAUCAAUGAGACAUCGUCUUCUCUGCUGGAAGAAGCUGCUCCAGGACGAGGCAGGUGGCACAGUAAAGCACGGUAAAUCAACCUGCUGUCACGGGGACAGAAUGACAGGCUCAGUGUGACAUUUCAGUGCAUAUUAUAUCUCCAGCCCUCCGGUAUCCUCGUGUGACCUGCUGCAGAUUAACUAUUUUGAACACUGCCGGCCAGCAUUGAGUUUUGAUGUGAGCAACCAAGCAGAACAAUAAAUCCCUUCUGGACCGUAUAGAUGCAAAAAAAAAAAGAAAAAAAACCAAAACGGGCGGAAAAAAAGAAGUGCAUGGAUGAGUUGCUCUGCGAUGGGUUUAUAUCAAAGCAAGACGUUGCUGUAAGGUGCAGCGAGCAGCCGAUGCUGAUGGUUUUGAUCAGAUGAUUAGAGCUGGUUACCACUGGAGAGUUGCUUUGAGGAGGUAAAUGUGCUUUCUGAGAUUACAGAGUUCAAAACAGAGACCGUGACUCUUUGCUACACAAUUGUGUGUGUGCGUGAUUGUAAGACAAAGAAAGAGACCGAAAAUGAGGGAGAGUGUGUUUGUGCAUGCAUUAAGCAGACAAGAGAGAGGUCCUUGAGGCAACCUGAACAUCUUUUAUCACAUCUUUAAUUAAUUGAAGCCUAUAAUAGAAGCUGCUGCAGUCCCGCAGAAUAGACACAGUUGAAUGGAUAAUAGCUGGGGAUGAAGAGAUACGCUUGUUUUUGCUUGCUUUCUUGUCAAUCCUCCCUUGCCAUUUCACAGUUAUAUGCUUUAACAGCACAUCUGGAGCUGCUGUCAGUCUCCGCUUUGAGAAUAAAGUGCAUUAACCAAGAAGAGAGAAAUGUUUUCCCCUUUUUUCCCAUCUUCUCUUUUCAGGUUCUGCCUCUGAAGACCUACUGUAAAGCCGUCAUGGGCCUCUUGUGGUUCUCCAGACUAAUCCUGAUCAUCCUAGUCCUCAUCCCGCAGCCGUCCCUGGGCUGUCCCUCCGGCUGUCGCUGCUACAGCCUCACAGUGGAAUGCGGAUCUCUCGGGGUCAAAGAAAUCCCACAGGGCAUCCCGUCUGUCACCGAGACCAUUUUCCUCCAGGACAACGCGAUAGUGCAGAUCCGUCUUCAGGACCUGACUCGCCUUGGCAGCCUCCAUUAUCUAUACCUGCAGAACAACAGCAUCUCAGCCCUGGAGCCCGGGGCUUUUCUCGGGCAGGGGCAGCUGCUGGAGCUGGCCCUUAAUGGUAACCUCAUCCACCUGGUUACCUCUGAUAUGUUUCGGGGUCUGGAGCACCUAAGGAUCCUGUAUCUCGCCGGCAACCAGAUCACUCGAGUCCAGGACCACACCUUCAGAGGACUACAGCGUCUGCAGGAACUCCACUUGCAAGAAAACAGCAUUGAGCUGCUAGCUGAGCAAGCCUUGUCUGGAUUGUCGUCUCUGGCCUUGCUGGACCUCAGCAGGAAUCACCUCCGCACCCUGGGAGCUUCAUCACUCAAACCGCUUGUCAGUCUGCAGGUGCUCCGUGUUACAGAGAACCCAUGGCGCUGUGAUUGCGCUCUUGGCUGGCUGAAAACCUGGAUAAGCGAAGACGGACAGCGUCUCUUGAGUUCUGCAGAGCAGCGUCGGCUAAUGUGCUCUGAACCUCCUCGCCUCUCCCACCUCAGCCUGGUGGAGGUACCUCCAAACAGUCUGGUCUGCAUCCCUCCAGUAGUGCAGCUCGAGCCAAGCCACCUGACCGUUCGCCUAGGAGAGAGUCUUCGAGUCUCCUGCCAGGCCUCGGGAUACCCUCAGCCUCAAGUGACUUGGAAAAAAGCCUCCCAUGGUAAACCACAGUUGUCACCUCGAGGCCUGGUUCAAGAGCUGGGACCCAAUGGGGAGCUGUUUAGGCCUGGGGCCGGUGGAGCAGUGACAGCCUUACCAAGCAGUGGGGGGAUCAAGGUGGGAGGUGUUGGAGCAAUCCACGGGCCGGUACGUGGAACUGAGGAAGGUGGCGAGAGGGACAGCUUUGAUCCAGACAUGGGCAGCGGCAUGCUGUUUCUCAGCAAUGUCACCGUAGCACAUGCUGGGCGCUACGAAUGCGAGGCCUGGAACCCUGGUGGUGUGGCUAGGGUUACUUUCCACCUAGCAGUCAACAUGUCUUCUUCCUCCUAUUCAUCUCAGUUUUGGCCUCGUUUGAACACUCACUCCUAUGUUUCAUCUUCGUCCAACUCCUUUUACCAGCCUGAGGUUGUGGAUGUUAGCCAGGAGCCUCUGUAUGAGCAAGACAGCAUGGACUUUAAUGCCCUGGGCCCUGCCACACAGACUGCUAUUGCUGUUGGCAUCUCCUUGCUGGCACUCACUGCUGUUCUCCUCUUGAUUAUGAUCUACACUCGUCACCAGCAGUAUCAGAAAGAUGACACUGGCUCCUAUUGCACGAGCAAGGAAGAGAGCAUCCUCUAUGUGAACGACUACUCUGAUGGACCCACCACCUUUGCGCAGCUGGAGGAGUACCGCGAUGACCAUGGCCACGAGAUGUACGUACUCAACCGAGCCAAGCCGGUCCUGGGUUCCACUUCGUCUGCAUGUCCCAUGAUGAGCGGGUUUGUCCAACAGAAGGGCAUGAAGGAGGCUCUCCUCGAUCACGAAAUGGUUCAGACUCUGACACGAUCGGGGGGAUUGGGACUACGCAGAAACCCAGCGGAUGGGGGAGAGGGGCCCCUAACAACAGACCCAGAAGAGCUCUUCCUCAGUCAGAGUCUCCUGUUCGGAUCACAGGUUGCCUAUGAGAUCCAUUGUUAAGGAGUCAUUAUUAUGCUCUGGCAUGAAACAAUAUGUUGAUGGACUUUUAAUUAAAGACAAUAAUGGAAAUCACCUUGGUGCAGUGAUUUGAAGCAUCAGAUUAUUAUCUGGCCUUUUAAAGAGGGGAGAUUGUCAGUCAGUAAUUUCUGGGGGAGCCUGGUUCACAAGUGGCCUCUGAGAGAGCUUCUUGAUUGACUGUAUGACACUCGUGAUGGGUUAAGAAGACUGACGAUUGAAGGGGAAAUAACACACGAACCACAGCUUUCUGUCUCAAAAUCAACCCUUUAAGGAUAACUCUAGGUGGCUAACCUCGUCAGAAAUGUUUAGUUACACUAAAAAGAGGCUGAAACGAUGCAGCACACAGUGUCUGCUUUAUUCUAAUUUCGUUCGUUACGCUUUACUUUUCGUGUUUCGUCUAUGUUUUGUGUAGUAUAUUACAAAGUUAAUUCUCAGAGUGAAGUACAGUUGUUUUGUGAAUCCUGCUACACAUCCCAUUAGAAUUAGGCCUAAAGCAAUCCUCUUACUGAAACUACAUUAACAUUACCCAUAUGUGCGAGUGGGUGUGGGUAGGUGGAUUUGUUUAUAGAGGUUCAUUCUGAAUGCAGAAAUCUAGUCUUUUUUAUGUUUGUAUCAUAGCAUUGUUUUUCUUGAUGUUAACAUGUUGUGUUGUUUUAUACCUGCUGACUGCAACACUAGAACAAGAUAUUAGCAUUUCUAAUGUGUGAAGUCGACUCUCUGAAAGAACUCAAGCUUCAUUAACGUCAGUCUGUGAUUACCAUUAUGAUGUUAAUAAUGUACAUUUUGUCUUUGGUUUCUACAUAAUAAAAUGUAUUUUAAAAGAGAAAGUUUUUCCCUUUUCC